CACUUUUCCAAACUCCGCACACCUGGCCGAACAUUUGCAACUAAACCACCUUUUGUGAAAUUUAAGUAGCGUUUGGGGUCAUCGCGAGUGCAUUGAUAAGCUUUUAAAACUGUGCAUAUGUUUAAGGGGUGCAUGUGAAAAAAUGAAUGCCCAAGAAGCCCAGAAGAUAUUUCUAAGCAGCACGUCCACCGUCUCUCUGCAUGAUCGCUUCACCGGUUUGCUAAAACAUCCGCAGGCGGAUCCAAUAAAUGUUACCGCCAGGGUGAACCAGCAGAAUACAGCGUCUCUGAAGAACCAGCGCCUAGCUCUGGAGAUGGCAAACAGACCUUCUGUACUGGCUGCCCUGCGCAACACAUCUAAUAUAAAUCGACUCUGUAAAGUGAACGUGAAGGCGAGGCUGGGCCAGCCCAUCGGAGGAGGCGGGGGUUUGCAGGACCAAAUAAGUUCAGGAGGCGGCUGUGGGCAGAUCAAAGCGUUUUACGGAACGAGAGGUAUAGGCAGACUGCAUGGGACAGUCCCUACUUUAGGAGUACAGCGGGGCCGGGGCCAGAAACAGCGCGGGGGCUAUGUGAACUGGACUGGACCGAUGGGAAUCAGAGGAAGAGCCAUUAGAAAGACAGGUAUGAACUCUUCUCCUGUAUGCACAGGUAGUGGGGCAUAUUUGGGAAAAGGCUAGGCCAAGUUCAACAGCAACUCCGUCCCUUCUCGGGACGAGUUAGAUGAUCAGUUGGAUGAGUACAUGUCCAAAAGCAAGAGCCAUCUAGAUGCAGAGCUUGAUGCAUAUAUGGCAGAAGUUGAUUUGGAGGACAUAAUGUGAUGGCUCACAGUGUCAGCACUUAAGACUAUAGUUGAACCACAUACAUUUUAGUUUAAGGUUGACUGAUGGUGGAUAUACUCUUAUAGGUUCAGUAACAUGAUUAUUUGUCCACCUUGACUGUUUAAAGUGAUCGUUCACCCAAAAAUAAUAAUUCUGUCAUAAUUUACUCACCCUUUUGUCGUUUCAAACCUGUAUGACUUUCUUUCUUCCGCAGAACACAAAAGAAGAUAUUUUGAAGAACGUUGUUAACUGGCCCCCAUUCACUUGCAUUGGUUUUGUGUCCAUACAAUAGAAGUGAAUGGGGGCCAGUACUGUUCAGUUACCAACUUUUUUCAUCUUUUGUGUUCUGCGGAAGUAAGAAAGUCAUACAGGUUUGAAACGACAAAAGGGUGAGUAAAUGAUGACAGAAUUCUCAUUUUUGAAUGAAAAAAAGAAAAGAAAAUUCUGUUAUCAUUUACUUACCCUCAAAUUUCUUGGUUCUGCUUAAC